AUGCUUAAUUUUCAGAACUUCUAUAUUACCAAGGGACCUACGACAUCAGCCGAGAAAUACCCUGCAAGUACAAAAUCCGUGAGCCAGCCCCAUCCGUGCAGAGGGGAGACGCUCGCUUUCCGUCAGCUUUCCGCCGAUACCGAGUGUGCGCGUGGGACUUAUUUUAUUUCUCUGGGUUUUUUGGAUUUUAAAGUAUUUUUUUACAUUUCGAUCGGCGAGGACGGAAAAGAGUCACUUUGGAAAAAAAAAAGCACAAUGUCAGCAACCUUUCCCGGACUAGUCCACGACGCCGAGAUACGUCACGACGGAUCAAACAGCUACCGCCUGAUGCAGCUGGGCUGCCUGGAGUCCGUGGCCAACUCCUCGGUCGCCUACUCCUCGUCCUCCCCGCUCACCUACCCCGCGGCGGCCGCCACGGAGUUCGCCUCGCCCUACUUCUCCGCCAACCACCAGUACACGCCCUUACACCACCAGUCCUUCCACUACGAGUUCCAGCACUCCCACCCCGCGGUGGCUCCCGAGGCCUACGGGCUCAACUCCCUGCACUCGGGCCAGUACUACCAGCAGAUCCACCACGGGGAACCCGCCGACUUCAUAAACUUGCACAACGCGCGCUCGGCGCUCAAGUCCUCGUGCCUGGACGAGCAGCAGCGGCGCGAGCUGGGCUGCCUCGACGCCUACAGGCGCCAUGACCUGUCGCUGAUGACGUCACACGGCUCCCAGGCCUACGGCGUGGGCAUGCACCACGCGGACCAGAGGCUACUGCCCGCCGCCGGCCUGGGGCUGCCUCCGCCCGGGGCAGACGACAUACAGGGCUCCGUGGAGGCGCAGUGUGGGCUGGUGCUGAACGGCCAAGGGGGCGUCAUACGGAGAGGGGGCACGUGCGUGGUGAACCCCACGGACCUGUUCUGCUCGGUGCCAGGCCGCCUGUCGCUGCUCAGCUCCACCUCCAAGUACAAGGUGACCAUCGCCGAGGUGAAGAGACGCCUGUCGCCCCCCGAGUGCCUCAACGCCUCCCUGCUGGGCGGGAUACUGCGCAGAGCGAAGUCCAAGAACGGCGGCCGCUGUCUGCGGGAGAAGCUGGACCGGCUGGGCCUCAACCUGCCGGCGGGCCGGAGGAAAGCGGCCAACGUCACGCUGCUCACCUCCCUGGUGGAAGGUGAGGCGCUCCACCUAGCUCGGGACUUCGGCUACACCUGCGAGACGGAGUUCCCCACCAAGGCGGUGGGGGAGCACCUGGCCCGACAGCACAGCGAGCCCAAGGAGACCAGCGCACGCAAGAAGAUGGUGCUCGCCACAAAGCAAAUCUGUAAGGAGUUCCAGGACUUGUUGAGCCAAGACCGGUCUCCUCUGGGCUCGUCCCGACCCACCCCCAUCCUGGACCUGGACAUCCAGAGACACCUCACACACUUCAGUCUCAUCACCCACGGCUUCGGCACGCCGGCGGUGUGCGCGGCGCUGAGCACCUUCCAGACGGUGCUGAGCGAGAUGCUCAACUACCUGGACAAGCACACGGGGGCCGGGGGGGGCAAGGCGGGCUCGGGGGGCCCCGGCGGUGACCAGCAGCUCAGCAACGGCUCGGAAAAGUCGGCGCUCCGGAAAACCAUUGACAGCAAAGACGGGAAAACGGAAAAGACUGAGUAGCCCCGAACCUGGAUCCAUGUCCUCUUCCACAACGACCCCCUCAGCACACCCCCCCCCCCCCCCCCCCCCCCCCCGCCCCUCUCCCUCAAUUCAAACAUUUCCUUCGACCCCCCCCACCCCACCUUGAUUCUGGACAUUGGCCCCCAAACUUAACCCCGCCCCCCGCCCCGCCCUGCCCCGCCCCUUGCCCGUGCCUUGGAGCUCUGCGUUUGAGUAUGUGUGCAUGCUUAUGUGUGUGUGUGUGUGUGUGUGUGUGUGCGUGUGUGCGUGUGUGUGUGUGUGUGUGUGUGUGCGUGUGUGAGUGUGUGUGUGUGUGUGUGUGUGUGGCCUGGCGAGGCUCCUGUGUAUGGUAGCAGUGGAAUCAUCAUCAACAAGGGCAUCGAACCGUUGCCGGCUAUUUCUCCGCCUCCAGAUCGCGGCCGUCAGCCUCAAAGACUUUGCUGACAUCCGACGUAUUACCAGGAGAAGGGAGAGGAUAGGGGUGGAUUGGUACAAAACGCAAACCAACGCACACACACACACACACACACACACACACACACACACACACACACACACACACACACACACACACACACACACACACACACACACACACACACACACAUACACACACACACACACCCUUCGAAAAAGGUUCAGCCGAAAUAAAAAUAAACUCAACCACAGAGAGGCUGUUCCCAGGAACGACAGAAGGAACAGUUCUGUUUUCCGUCACCGACCAGCGAAUGGCAUAUGUGUGAACCCUCUUUCAAACCCUGCCCUCCCGCCCUCACGCCUCCCUUCUCCCCCCCCCCCCCCGCCUCUGAGCCACCUGAGCGAGCACUUGAAAGACCCCCCGAUGUGAGGACUGGUGGAUUUCUACGCCGUACAAUCAGUGGCAUAACAGCAUCGAGUGUGUUCACCAUUGAGAGUCAAAGAGAGAGAGUUGAGAGUGAGAGACAGAGAGUGUGAGAGAGAGAGAGAGAGAGAGAGAGAGAGAGAGAGAGAGAGAGAGUGUGUGAGAGAGAGAGAGAGAGAGAGAGAGAGAGAGAGAGAGAGAGAGAGAGAGAGAGAGAGAGAGAGAGAGAGAGAGAGAGAGCGAGAGAGAGAGAGAGAGAGAGAGAGAGAGAGUGUGAGAGAGAGAAAGAGAGAGAGAGAUUUUUUUUAAACGUUGAAAGGUUAGGUUUAAGAAUCUGCCUGAGAGGUAGGCCACACUGUGGUAUGUGUGUGUGUAUGUGUGUGUGCGUGAGUGUGUGUCAGUGUUAGCGUAAGCGAAUGCGAGAGAGACAAAGAGUGUGUGUGUGUAUGUGAGGGGUCCAAACUCAGCCAUUUUGUAAAGAUGACUCCUCUGUUGCCGUAGUAACUCUUUUUUGUGCAUGUCCUUCUUUGUAACCCCCCCGUCCCCUCCCCUGAACGCAAGUUUUAGUCCACACACAAGCUCUCCUUGAAUCUGUCAUAAACAUUUGUAAAAGAUAUAUAUAAAUAUUUAAAUAACUUUUCUUGUAGGCUUUGAAUUCUAUAUAUGUUAAAUCCAUUCUACAAAAUGAUGGUGUUGAAUAAAAAGACAAGUCGCUACAUGUUA